AUGUACGGGGGAGGCGAUGAGGAGGAGUACGAGCGGGAGCGCGAGGAGGAGGAGAUCACACAGGAGGACGCGUGGGCGGUGAUCAGCGCGUACUUCGAGGAGAAGGGGCUGGUGCGGCAGCAGCUGGAUUCGUUCAACGAGUUCAUUCAGGACACGAUGCAGAGCAUUGUGGAUGAGUCCGCGGAGAUCGAGGUCCGCCCGCAGGCGCAGCACCUUCCGGGUCGACCCAUGGACAACACGGAUAUGACAUGCAAGGUGACGUUUGGGCAGAUCUAUCUGUCCAAGCCAACAAUGACGGAACCCGACGGAGAGACCAACACGCUGUUCCCCAAAGCCGCGCGCCUGCGCAACCUCACCUACGCCGCGCCUCUCUACGUGGAUAUCACCAAGACGCUCACCACGCGCGGGGACGACGGGGAGGAGGAGGUCAGCACGGAGCAAGCAGACAAAGUCUUCAUCGGGAAAAUCCCGAUCAUGCUGAGAUCGAAUUACUGCACGUUGCACAACGCCACGGAUAAGGAACUCACGGAGCUGGGGGAGUGUCCGUAUGAUCAGGGCGGGUAUUUCGUGAUCAACGGGAGCGAGAAGGUGCUGAUCGCGCAGGAGAAGAUGGCGAGUAAUCACGUGUAUGUGUUUCAGAAGCGGCAGCCGAACAAGUAUGCGUAUGUGGCGGAGGUGAGGAGCAUGGCGGAGAGGCAGAACCGCCCGCCGAGUGCCUGCUUCAUCCGCAUGCUCUCCCGCUCCUCCACUAAAACGGGCUCGUCAGGCCAGGUGAUCCGCGCCACGCUGCCGUACAUCAAGGCGGAGAUCCCCAUCAUCGUGGUGUUCCGCGCGCUGGGGUUCGUUGCGGACAAGGACAUCAUGGAGCAUGUGUGCUACGACUUCACUGAUACCGCCAUGAUGGAGCUGCUCAGACCCUCCUUGGAAGAGGCAUUCGUGAUCCAGAACCAGCAGGUGGCACUGGAUUACAUUGGCAAGCGAGGUGUGCCGGUGGGUGCGCCACGCGAGCGAAGAAUAAAGUACGCCAAGGACAUUCUUCAGAGGGAGUUCUUGCCCCAUGUGGGUGUGGGCGAGUUUUGUGAAACCAAAAAGGCCUACUUCUUUGGGUACAUGAUUCACCGCCUGCUGCUGUGUGCGCUGGGGCGGCGCAACGAGGACGACAGGGAUCACUACGGCAACAAGCGCCUCGACCUCGCUGGUCCGCUGCUCGCUGGGCUGUUCCGUCAGCUGUUCCGCAAGCUCACCAAGGACGUGCAGGGCUACCUGCAGCGGUGCAUGGAUCACGGCAAGGAGAUCAACUUGUCAUACGCAGUGAAGGCGAAGAUCAUCACGGGGGGUCUCAAGUACUCGGUGGCCACGGGCAACUGGGGGCAGGCCAACCAGGCCGGCACCAAGGCGGGGGUCUCACAGGUGCUGAAUCGCCUCGCCUACGCGUCCUCCCUCUCCCACCUGCGCCGCCUCAACUCGCCCAUCGGUCGCGAUGGCAAGCUGGCGAAGCCGAGGCAGCUGCACAACUCGCUGUGGGGCAUGAUGUGUCCCGCUGAGACGCCCGAGGGGCAGGCCGUGGGGCUGGUGAAGAACCUGGCACUCAUGACGUACAUCACUGUGGGGAGCAACGCCGCUCCCAUCCUGGAGUUCCUGGAGGAGUGGCUCACUGAGAACCUGGAGGAGAUCUCCCCAGCGCUCAUCCCGCAGGCCACCAAGGUGUUUGUCAACGGCUGCUGGGUGGGCGUGCAUCGCGACCCGGACGAGCUCGUGCGCACGCUGAGGCAGCUCAGGCGACAGCUUGACGUGAACUCAGAGGUGUCGGUGGUGCGUGACAUCCGUCUCAGAGAGUUACGGCUCUACACGGAUUACGGGCGGUGCUCCCGGCCGCUUUUUAUCGUGGAGAAGCAGCGGCUGCUCAUCAAGAAGCGUGAUGUGCUGGCGCUGCAGCAGGAGGGGUCGGGGAUCGGGUGGAACGAGCUGGUGGAGAAGGGGUUCAUUGAAUACGUGGACACGAUGGAGGAGGAGACUACCAUGAUCUCCAUGACCAUUCAUGACGUGACAUCAGCGCGGCUCAACCCCACGGAGGCAUACAGUGACACGUACACGCACUGCGAGAUCCACCCCUCGCUCAUCCUCGGCGUCUGCGCCUCCAUCAUCCCCUUCCCUGACCACAACCAGUCCCCCAGGAACACGUACCAAUCGGCGAUGGGCAAGCAGGCGAUGGGCAUGUAUGUGACCAACUACCAGUCGCGCAUGGACACCGUCGCCUACGUGCUCUACUACCCCCAGAAACCCCUCGCCACCACGCGCGCCAUGGAGCACUUGCACUUCCGGGAGCUGCCUGCUGGGAUUAACGCCAUAGUGUCCAUUCUGAGCUACUCGGGGUACAACCAGGAGGACUCGGUCAUCAUGAACCAGUCGUCCAUCGACCGCGGCUUCCACCGCUCCAUCGUCUUCAAGUCCUACAGGGACGAGGAGAAGAAGAGUGGCAGCAUGGUGAACGAGGAGUUUGAGCGCCCCAACCGAGAGAUCACCAUGGGCAUGCGGCACGGGUCGUACGACAAGCUGGACGAUGAUGGCAUCAUCCCUCCGGGCUCGCGAGUGGCAGCAGAAGACGUGAUCAUCGGCAAGACGACGCCCAUUCCUCCGGAUGAGACGGGCAGUGUGGCUCAGCGGUUCAGCAAGCGCGACAUGAGCACGUGCCUCAAGCACAGCGAGACAGGCGUGAUCGACCAGGUGGUUCUGACGACCAACAACGAUGGGCUUCGAUUCGUCAAGAUUCGUGUGCGCUCCAUCCGAGUGCCGCAGAUCGGGGACAAGUUUGCGUCGCGGCACGGGCAGAAGGGCACGAUCGGCAUGACGUACACGCAGGAGGACAUGCCGUUCAGCGCCGAGGGCAUCUCCCCGGAUAUCAUCGUCAACCCGCACGCCAUCCCGUCCCGCAUGACCAUCGGGCAUCUGAUUGAGUGUCUUAUGAGCAAGGUGGCUGCUCACAUGGGCAAGGAGGGGGACGCCACACCCUUCACCGAUGUGACGGUGGACAAUUUGAGCCGUACGCUGCACAAGUGCGGGUACCAGAUGAGGGGGUUCGAGCGCAUGUACAACGGCCACACAGGGCGGCCGCUGCAAGCCAUGAUCUUCCUUGGCCCCACCUACUACCAGCGCCUGAAGCAUAUGGUGGAUGAUAAGAUCCAUUCCCGAGGGAGAGGGCCCGUGCAGAUUCUGACUCGGCAGCCGGCAGAGGGGCGGUCGAGGGACGGUGGGCUGCGGUUCGGAGAGAUGGAGAGGGAUUGCAUGAUUGCCCACGGCGCUGCUGCCUUCCUCAAGGAGAGGCUGUUUGACCACAGCGACGCGUACCGCGUGCACGUGUGCGAGUUCUGCGGACUCAUUGCGAUCGCCAACCUCAAGAAGGGGCUUCUGGAGUGCCGCGGAUGCAAGAACAAGACAGAUAUCGUCCAGGUGCACAUGCCGUAUGCGUGCAAGCUGCUGUUCCAGGAGCUCAUGGCCAUGGCCAUCGCACCUCGCAUGCUCACUCGCGAGACUCCUGUGCCCAAGGCAAAGAAGAAGGCACCUGCUGCUGCUUCCUGA